AUGGAGAAUUGCCAUCAUUACUACCAAUCUUUUGCUAAAAACAGUUUUACUGUCAUUCGCCAAUUAUUAUCCGAUGGCUAUUUAUGUGAUGUCGAGCUGCACAUCGGCCAAUGGCAAUUCCCUUGUCAUCGAUUAAUUUUAGCAUCAUUUAGCUCGUAUUUUCGUAGUAUGUUUACAUCCAAUAUGAUCGAAACAACAUUACAUCAUAUUACCAUUCAUGAAGUGGACCAACAAGCCGCUAGUAUGUUAGUCCAGUAUGCUUAUAAUGGAGAAUUAGCCAUCACGAAAGAUAAUGUUCAAGCACUUUUGGAAACUGCUGUCCUAUUCGAUGUACCUGAUGUCAUGGAAGCUUGUAGCCAAUUUAUGAGCAAUCAUAUUGAUAUACAAAACUGUAUUAGCAUUUAUAAUUUUGCUGGAUUCCAUCAUCUAACAACAUUAUCCAAUUAUGCAAGGAAUUAUAUCUUGGAGAAUUUUACUGAUGUCUUUCAAUCCAAUGAAAUACAAUAUUUAUCUGAAGAUUAUUUAAUCCAAUUAUUGAAACAUUCCAAAUUAAAUGUUCAAAAUGAGAUGCAAGUUUAUUCUGCGGUCAAAAAGUGGAUCAAUUAUGAUUAUGAUGAGCGAAAAUUAGCUGCAUUCAAGUUACUCAAUCAUGUCCGAUUUGCCAUGAUACCACGUCAGCAAUUAAUACUAUUGACUAAAAAUGACGAUGAAUUAAUUAAUCUUGAUCAGCAUUGUCAACAUUUAAUCAAUCAAGCUCUUCGCUUUCAGCUUUAUCCAAAGAAAGUUCAAAACAUUGAAACCAAACCAAGAGAAUCUUAUUCAGGCUUAUUAUAUGUAUUUUCUUACGCUGAUGUUUACAGUCAUUAUAAUACUGUCGAAUGUUUUAGUUAUAAGCACCAAAAAUGGAUAAUUGUCCAUGAUGCACCCAAAAAAUUAAUGUCAGAAGACUUUGCGGUAACGGCCAGCGAACAAAACCUUUAUACCUUAUCUGGCAAUCGUAACCAUAUUAUCUCCAAUCAGAUGUCUUGUUAUGAUGUUAUUACAAAAUCUUGGUCUGCUUUUCCAUCAGUUCAAACGCCACGUUUAGAAGCAAGCAUUUGUUACUUAAAUCAAUUAUUAUUUGUUAUUGGUGGUUAUAAAAUUGACUAUAAUCGAUAUACUAGAUCAUCACGAAUUGCUGAGUCCUAUGACACUGACACAGGUUUAUGGACUGCACUAUCGCCUAUGAACGAGAAACGCUUCGGUGCUGGCAUUGCAACUAUGGAUGGCUUAAUCUAUAUUGUUGGUGGAUUGUCCUAUGAUAGCAGUAGUACCAUCAAUUUCUUAAAUAGUGGCGAAUAUUAUAAUCCUAAAGAUAACACUUGGACACCUAUUAGAAAUAUGAAUUAUCAUCGUUACAAGCUUGGCCUUGUCGCCUUGAAUGGUUAUUUGUUUGCCAUUGGAGGAAAAAGCUACGACUUUGAAUGUGGUAAUAGUUUUGUAACUAAUUCAGUUGAAAGAUACGACCCGGAAGCAGACGAAUGGAUAGAAAUUACAGCAAUGUCGGAAAAAAGAUUUGCUGCUGGUGUUGCAACAAUGGGAGGACGAAUAUGGGCCAUAGGAGGAAAGUGCGAUGAAGACAAUGCUUUGGACUCUGCAGAAAAUUACGAUCCAGUUAGUGGUGAAUGGGAAAGUAUUCCGCCCAUGUGUAAUAAAGGAUAUAACUUAUGUGCAAUUAGUAUUCAGCAUAAAAUUUUUAUUUCGUGA